UUUCACUAAAGAAAUGGAAAAUUUCAAAGUACUAAAAACACUUGGAUCUGGAUCCUUUGGAACCGUACAGAAAGUACAGAGGAUUGAAGAUGACCAAGUUUAUGCUUUAAAGAAAGUCAAAAUCAAUGGUAUGGAUGCUAAAGACCGCAAGAAUGCACUGAAUGAGGUGAGGAUCCUUGCCUCACUAGAUCACCCACAAAUAAUCGGAUACAAGGAUGCUUUCUUUGACGAGUCAAGUAAAUCACUCUGCAUGAUAAUGGAAUAUGCUGAAGGAGGAGACCUUCAGAAGGUUAUUGACGAUAACAAGAAGAGUUAUAAGAACAUUCCUGAAUCACAAAUCUGGAAAUAUUGCAUACAAAUGAUAAACGGAAUUAAAUACUUGCAUGACAAUAAAAUUGUUCAUAGGGACUUAAAGUGAGCCAAUAUUUUCUUGUCCAAAGAUGGAGAUGUUAAGGUCGGUGACCUUAAUGUUUCGAAGGUGAAUCGUGCUGGUUUAAUGUUUACCCAAACUGGAACACCAUACUACGCAAGUCCUGAAGUCUGGAAGGAUAAGCCAUAUGAUUCCAAGAGUGACAUCUGGUCUCUCGGAUGUGUUCUUUAUGAAUUAUGCGCACUAAAGCCUCCAUUCACUGCUACUGACAUGAAAGGACUCUACUCUAAGGUAAUUAAGGGAGACUACUCAAGAAUUCCUUAUAUCUAUUCUGACGACUUGGCAAAUGUUGUUGAUAUGUGUCUCCAGGUUUCACCUAUUAAAAGAUUAGAUGCUAAAAGCUUGCUACGUACCAAAGAGAUAGUCAUCCAUUUGAGAGAGAGUGGUAUUGAAGAGAAGAAGCAAUCAUCCACAAGCCUUCUCGAUACCAUCAAGCUUCCUUCUAAUUUCAGUCUUAUUAAGGGAAGGCUACCAUCUCCUAAAUACGACUCAGAGGAUGAAACUAUUGAACCAGUUAAGCCAAAGAUCAGAAAUUAUUCUGCCAGAGGAAAAAGUGGAUAUGAUCUGAACGGAAAUUUGAGAAGAAGAGAGAGUAGCCUAAGUGCCCUCAAAAAGUUUCAAGCAAAGCCUUUAAGCAGCAACAGCAAGCUCAACAUCAAUAGGGUUGGUAAACACCAACAUGGAAGACUUUUACCACCAAAGAGCAAUAUACCUGCUCAAUAUAGAAAGAAUUAUGAUAGACCAGGCUUGCAACUACCACCAGUUCGCCAAAAUGCUGCUGGGAUGCCUUCUCUCUCGCGUAACAGAAAUGGACCGAGAAGUAUAGAUAGUAGUAGGGUCUUACCUCUCAGCAAGCCAUAUAGCAAUAGAUCUAUCGACUAUGAAGCUGGCUAUAAAAGAAGGAGAGCUGAUAUCGCAUCAAGGCAAAGAAUUCAACAACAAUUAAUAAGCAAGGCAUUCGGUUUGCCUUCUACUCCAAUUAGGAAAUUAAGAUAA